AGAAACUGAGCCCAGGCCCAUAAUCGAAACAACAUCUGCACUUGAAACCGGGUUUCAACUUCUUCUGCUCUGCGCGCCUCCCUCGCUCCUCGAAUUAGAAGAGGAUGAAACUUAUUCAAGGUAUCUUGCAUUAUGCUAAUGCUGGCCUUUCUCGUAAAUUUCUCAGUCCUCAAGUGAUCAGGACCUUUUCUACUAAUCCAGGAUACGAUGUUAACAAGCUUAACCUAAGCUCAAUUGAGUCCACUGAUGACUUUGAGCAACGGAUUUUUGGUGAUAAUGCUGGGAAAAGUCAAACUAAUAACUCCUUUUACCGACACCUUGAUAAGGCUGAGAGAGAUCAUAAUAGAUUUUGGCAGGGCUCCAACAUCAAUUCUGAAAACAGUUCUACGUUCUUAGAUGGUCUAGAUGAGAGUUUUAACACAUUGUCUGAUGGGAUGGAUAAUAAGUUGAAGGAGGCAGCCAGAUAUUUUGAGUAUGACCCUGAAGAAGUUGAUAAAGAAGAUUACUCUUUCAGAAAGGAUGUAACUUUUUGGCCUGGGAAUACUUACGAUAUCAAGGAUCUUGAUCUUAGAAAACCAGGAGUACAGAAGCCACCGAAAAGGUCAGGAUUUGAAACAACAACAGAAGAAGUCUUGCAGAAAGCUGAUUUCAGGAAUGUGAGGUUCCUUGCUAAUUUUAUUACAGAAGCUGGGAUUAUCAUCAAGAGAAACAAGACUAAAAUAAGUGCCAAGGCUCAAAGGAAGAUUGCCAGGGAGAUCAAGACUGCCAGGGCUUUUGGUCUUCUGCCUUUCACCACUAUGGGAACCAAACAUUUUGUGUUUGGCCGAACUAUGGAGGCCCUAGAAGACGAUUAUUCAUACGAGACUACCUACUCCCCUCGCAACUUUGUUGAUACAGAUGCAAGUCAAGAACCGCUAGACUAAACCCGUUCUUUUUUGUUUUAACCCUUUGUGUUCUUAUGAAUAAGCUUUGAGCUAUGAAUGACGAAAUAUUUUUUCCUGAAAAUUUGCAUUAGAUUUGCUAAGCAUGUACUUCCCAUAUAUGAUCUCAAGGGAAAACACAUAGAAGAUGCUGUAGAGUGCAUGAUUCUGUUUUGCAUCUGUAAACACUAUUAAACAGUAAACUUUUCACGAUUUCAGCCCCUA